AUGUUGCGGAGGCUGCGGACACACCUCCCUGUGACGGACCAGCUGCUGUUGCCCCGGGUCGUCAAUGACAUACCAGGCAAACGUUUGAAACGUCAGGCGGCAAAAUUGACCUAUGACAAAUCUGCUAAAGAUCUGCCUGAGCUGAAUGUCCGUCAGGAUGAAACCACUCUCUGGGGACAGGACUGGCCGGUGGAGAAAUGUGGGCAUAGGGGGAAAAACAUUGGAAUCUUCUUCUUUCUCGUGUUGAUCGUGGUCAGCUUCACUUACUUAUAUUUAAGAUAUGUGGUGAGCCUCGUCCCAGUAAACAGGCUGAGGGUGGCCGAUGACGGGACCAGUAAGGAAGAUCUGCUCAUCAGUUUAGACAACACAAUAAACUUUGGGGCAAGACAGGGGGUUGAAACACGGACAUCUUGGAAAGCUCCAAUCAUCUGGGAGGGGAUGUUUGACCCCAAACUUUACGACCAAAUGCACGUCCAAAAUAGAUCAUCUGUGGCCCUCACUGUGUUUGCUGUGGGAAGGUACCUGGAUGCCUAUCUGAAGACUUUCCUUACGUCUGCAGAACAACAUUUCAUGUUGGGAUUAAAAGUGAGAUAUUACGUGUUCACGGAUGAACCAGAGAAGGUACCAAACAUAGAGCUUGGUCCCCAGCGAAGCCUGAAGGUUAUCCAGGUGGAAAAGUACUCCAGGUGGCAGGACAUUUCUAUGAUGCGCAUGAAAACAAUAUCAGAUACCAUAGAAUCAGAUAUUCGUCACCACUGCAAUUACGUCUUCUGCUUGGAUGUGGAUCAGGAGUUUAAGGGAAGAUUCGGCUCAGAGGCUCUGGGGGACUCUGUAGCUCAGAUGCAUGCAUGGUAUUACAAAGCUCAAAAGCAUACCUUCACCUAUGACAAAAACCCUAAAUCCAAAGCCUUCAUGGAAACCGGAGAUUACUACUACCAUGCUGCUAUCUUUGGAGGCCUGUGGGAACAUGUGAAGAGUUUGGCAGAUCACUGCUUUCUGGGUAUAAUGGAGGACAAACUAAAUAAUGUGGAGGCUAAGUGGCAUGAUGAGAGUCAUCUAAACAAGUACUUUUGGCUUCACAAACCAACCAGGCUGCUCUCCCCCGAGUACUGCUGGGACCAGGUUAUUAGUGACCACAGUGACAUAAAUGUCACCCGCCUCAUAUGGGCACCAAAACAUUAUGACAAACUUCGUACUAAGUAGGACUGUCAAAAUUGGCCA